AUGUUAUACCUUCCAACAGUUUUAGUCAUAUAUGCCUUGCUACAAAUUUCAAUUGACUCAGUUACAAAUGCAUCAAAACUUAUGAGUUUUGAUACUUAUCUCAUUCAUCGAGAUUCACCUGAAUCGCCAUUUUACGACUCGUCUCUCAACCAAAGUGACAUUGUAGAAAGAGCCCUAAGUCGCUCUAUGACCCGCUUGUCCCAUCUCAAUUCUCUCAUAAAACUACCCAACAACUUUGCAAACAAAAUGACUGUACACUCAACAAUUUUGGCAUCUACUAAUUACCUCAUGGAAUUUUUUGUUGGAACACCACCCGUCAAGCAAUUGGCAAUCGCUGACACCGCCAGUCAAAUCGUCUGGACUCAGUGCCUCCCAUGUGUCAAUUGUUUCAAUCAAACUCAACCCAAAUUUAAUCCAAUGGAGUCAUCAUCAUAUCAUGUAUUGCCAUGUGAUUCAAAAGAAUGCCAAGAAUUGGGUAAAUAUGAUAUUAGGUGUGAAGGUAAGAAUACCAAAUGUCAAUAUAAUUUAAACUAUAUGGACAAUUCCUCUAGUAGUGGGGAUUUAGCCUUUGAAACAUUUACAUUGGGAAAGACUUCCUUCCAAAGAAUGGUUUAUGGGUGCGGGAAUAACAACACUGGCAGGUUCGACCCUUCGUCUGCUGGCGUCGUUGGGCUCGGAGGAGGGUUUAACUCAUUAGUUACUAAGCUUGGCGACCAGAUUGGUGGUAAGUUCUCGUAUUGCCUAACCUCAAAAAUAAAUACAAGAAGUAAGAUCAAAUUCGGCUCCAACGCAAUCAUGUCUGGAUGUGGAUGGAUUUAUAGGUGUGGAUCGAUUUAUACCCCAUUGUUCUUAAGGAGUCCUCUGAUGUUCUAUUUUAUCACCUUGGAAGCGAUCAGCCUGGGAGUAACUAAAAUAUCCAUGCAUGGUGACAAGCCUAUUAAAAAUGGUAACUUCUUGAUAGACUCGGGCUCGACAGCAUCUUAUUUACCGAGGGAUAUGUACCAAGAAUUGGAGAAUGCACUAAGAAACUCGAUUCAAGCCACACCGGUUCAACAUCCAACUUUUAAACUUUGUUAUAUGGACUACACAAACUUUAAAAUUCCGACGAUCAUCUUCCAUUUUUCUGGAGGCCUUGACUUAGCUUUUACGAUAAAAACUUCCAUGGUUUAUACAAGAGGCCUAUUGUGUUUAGGGAUACUCCCAAGCAAAAUCGAUGGUCUAGGCGUACUUGGGAGCAAUUUACAAAUGGACUAUUUAAUUGAAUAUGAUAUUAAGAAAGAGAGAGUUUCUUUCCGGCCAACAGAUUGUUCAAAGAUAUAG